ACGUUUGCUCUCGAUUGCUCUUUAACUGUCGUAUAUAUGUAGUUGUUGAUUCUGUGCAUGCAGUCGAUUUCGUAAUCUCUUAUCGUUAUUCAAUCGUUAUAAAGGUUGCUUAUGCAAAACAAAGAAAUAUCAUUUAUUUGCACAUCGCGUUUGAAUUGCGUCAAUGACUAAGAGUCUGCAGCAUACGAUUUUUCUUCAUGCCAAAUCGCAUACGAGCACUACGAUUUUGUAGUGAUUCUGUAAUUUCCAAAUCGCGAUUGAUCGAUUUUGCCGAUAGAAUCUAUCACAAAAAAGUAUCGUGUAUCAUAAGCUCUUAAACAUUAGCUUCACAAAUAUUCGUGUACUUAUUAAAAAAUGAUCUACCUGUUUUAUUUUGUGUGUUUAAUCUGAAAAAAAUGGUGUAACUUUUAAAAAAUUAUCGUACAAUAUUUUCUAAACUUCAAAUUAUCAGCCGUAAAAACGUUGACAAAUAGGACUCGUAUAAGCACGCAGUAAGAGAGAACGACUCGUGUAGAUAUUUGCAAUAUUAUUUACGUUCCUCUACGUCUUUAUUUUUUCUUUCUCUCUCCUCCUUCCUUAUUUCUCUCUCACUCGUCUCACCUUCCCUUCCUUCUUUCUGUUUCAUCAACUACCUGCACAUGCAUGAGCCCAGGCUUGUUGUCGAUUACCGCGUCUCCGUUGUGCACUAGCGACAAUCAUCUCACCGCACGUGUACUCAACGAGCACCGACUGUCUCGGAUACCAGAUUCUGAAUAACGUGACCAGACAUGACCAAUGAUAAACAGUCAUGGUUUCGCGGCGUUCGAAGCAGCAAAUUCCGGCAUGUCUAUGGUGUGCCAGCUAAGAGAGAGAAAUGUUAUGACAACAUCAAAAUCACGAAGAACGCCCAUGAUUCACAAUUCUGCGCUGUUAAUCCAAAAUUUUUGGCCGUCGUAACAGAGGUCGCAGGUGGUGGAGCGUUCUUAGUAUUAUCAUUGGAUCGUACCGGGCGUCUCGACUUUAAUGCUAGUCGUGUAACUGGACAUACCGGUCCCGUUUUGGAUAUCAAAUGGAAUCCAUUCAAUGACAACAUUAUCGCAUCCUGUUCCGAUGACUGCACCAUAAAAUUGUGGCAUAUACCUGAUGGCGGAUUGUCGAGAAAUUUGACCGAGUGGUUGGUGGAAUUGCAAGGACACAAACGACGUGUCGCUUAUAUCGAAUGGCAUCCAGUAGCAGAAAAUAUACUUUUUAGUGCCGGUUUCGAUCAUCUUGUUAUUGUAUGGGAUGUAAACAGAUGCGAAACAGUGAGUGUUAUCGAUAGGCAUCCCGAUGUAAUUUAUGGUAUAUCUCUGAAUCGCGAUGGCAGCUUGUUAGCAACUACUUGCAAGGACAAGAAAUUGCGGGUUUUCGAACCGAGGUCUGGUAUAAUUGUUUCGGAAGGAGUAUGUCACGCUGGCACGAAAGCGAGUAAGGUAGUAUUUCUUGGCAGUUCGGGGCGUCUAUUAACUACUGGAUUUAGUAGACAUUCAGAUCGGCAAUAUGCUAUAUGGAGUCAACAUGACUUGACCGUUCCUCUGACAUGCGAAACGAUCGACUCAUCAAGUGGAAUUGUCUUUCCAUUUUACGAUAACGAUACCAAUAUGGUAUUUUUAGCUGGAAAGGGUGAUGGAAAUAUUCGUUAUUACGAAGUAGUUAACGAAGCACCUUGGAUGCAUUAUCUCAGUCAAUUUAUAUCUGGCAAUCCUCAAAGAGGGUUAGGAGUGAUGCCGAAAAGAGGCAUUAACACAGCUAUAUGUGAGAUAUUCAGGUUUUAUAAGCUACACGCGACUCGCGGAAUGUGCGAGCCGAUCUCAAUGAUAGUACCUAGGAAGAGUGAUCAAUUUCAAGAGGAUCUAUAUCCUGAUACAAUUGGAACGUCUCCUGCACUGUCAGCUAGGGAUUGGAUUAGCGGCAUGAAUAGUCCGCCAGUCUUAAUCUCUCUUAAAACAGGUGGAAGCAUUUCUACACAUAAACCACGAAUGUAUAAGCCGCCACAAUUGCCUGCAUCUACAGACUUGAAUAACAAAAAGAAAUUCGCGUUUCUUUCUACGGAAACUAUACCGGAUUAUAGACCGGUAGAAUUGCACGAUAUGUCGGAAAAAAGUCAAAAGACCUGCAGUAAUCAAAGCACAAAGUUUCAGCAACUUCAGCAGAAAUUUGCAAACGUCGGUAUGCAGAAAAAUAUUAUGUCAUCUACACUGAAUGACAACAAAGUUAUGGAGACUGUGGAUGUUCCAAAUAACGAAGCAGAACUUCGAUUAGCAUUCGCCCGUCAAACCGAUGAAUUAAGGCUGGUUCGACGACAACUUGCUAACAGUCAAUUGCGCGUUAAGGAAUUAGAGGACCAAAUACGAAAAUUGCAGCGCCAAUAAAACUUAAGAUAACACUUAUUUGCAAGUUAUUCGCUUCAUUAUUGGUUAGAUAAAAUUUUCGCAGCUUUCGAUAUAAUCAAAUAAUCGACAGUCAAGUCUAUUAAGCUUUCGAAGAGUUUACGCUAGGUCUAUGAAACUCGUACACAAAAAAAAUAUUCGUACAGGUUAACUUGAAAUUUUUUUCGGUUGCUUUGCAGAAAUAUUUGUUAAAUGUUUAGGGUGACCACAAUUAUAUUAAAACUUAUUAUUAAAUUAUUAUUAAAACUUUAGCAGUGAUCACAGAGAUAAGGAAAAAAGCAAUCUGCGAUUGUUGCGUGAAAAUUUGUACCUGUUUACACAUACCUGAAUGCACAAGUUGAAUAUUCAGAUAUCGCAGUGCCGCUAUGUCAUAUGUAUGUGGCUAAAGCAUUUUGCUAUAUAUAUACAUAUAUAUAUAUAUAUAUAUAUAUAUAUAUCUUUUACUGCCGUCUGUACUGCCGUGAUGUCGAUGGCAAUAAGAUUUUCGGAUCAAUUAGCUUAAAAUUCUUUUUUAUAUAAUAUGCAGCAAAAUGUGUAUGGAAGAUUAUAUACAAAAUGCAAAUCAUUGAAUAUAAAAAGUGUACAAUAUAUUUACGCUCUAUGAUAUAAAUAUCCAUGUAUAUUUUUAAGAAAUGCGGCAGUUUUUUUACUUGAUGUUAAAUUAUAACUAAUUAUAACAAUAAUAAUAAAUGCAUACCAAACUUUAUUUCUAGCGUUAAUUUCGUAGCUGAAAUGAUAUACGUAAUUAUAUACAGAACUGUAUUUCUGCUUAAGAAUAUACACUAAUGAUAAACAAUUCGUAUGAAUUAUAUAUGUAUUUUUCAUACAGUGUGUAAUUGUAUUGUGUGGAUUGAUAAUUUAUAAUAUUAAUGAUAAUUUAUA